AUGUUGCGAUUCCGAGCACCCCAAGCGCGUAUUGGACGCGCGGUGACGAGACCAGUCAUACAGACACCGCCCAAAAGCCUCUAUUCAUCAAAGCAUUUAUCCUCCGCAUCGAACUUCAGGAAGGUAACAAAGUAUACUCUUGUAGCCGGUGCUCUUGGUGCUUCAGGCCUUUGGUGGUUAGUCACAACAUCCAUCCGCGAAGAUGAUGAAGUGGCUGUGCCGCGUCUUGAUAAUCAUCCGACCGAGAACUUGAACCUCGGAAAGGGACCUUGCAAAGAAGAUGUGACGCGCAUCUUAAACCAGAACGCGUAUCAUUUCCACGUCAAGAAUGUUGCUGGCGUCGACCGGUACGAUGGCUCUCAAUUGGCCUGUUUCGACCCUUGCGAAGACCGCUUCAUCCACGGUCAAUUCUCUUCACCCUGGGGCGACGGCAGUCAGUGGAUGGCCUGGGCAAUUUUCGACGGGUACUUGGGUUGGCAGACGGCAGAUUUACUAGAGAAACGACUCUUACCCUUUGUGCAGCAAAUCUUGAGCAGAGUCAAGCCAGCCUUGGAGACGGAAUCUAUGCAUCAAGUAGUACAGCGUACUCUCAUGGAGGCAUUUAUCCGAAUGGAUGAAUCGAUUAUGCACACGGUUCGAGAUCUUCCAGAAAGCGAGGAGCCGCUACAGGACAAGAUGAAGAAGAUAGCUCCCGCUUAUGCUGGUUCCGGCGCUUUGCUAUCCCUAUUUGACCCAGUCUCCGGCUUGUUGCACGUGGCGUACACCGGCAAUUCACGAGCAAUCUUGGCGCAGAAGACAGAAGAUGGAAAGUGGAACAUGAUACCCAUGACGUUAGAUCAUUCUGGUUACAACAAGAACGAAGUUGAGAGAAUCACUAAGGAGCACCCUGGUGAAGAGGACAUGGUACAUAAUGGACAACUAGUAGGACUACCGGUCACACGAGCCUUUGGCCACGCACGAUGGAAGUUUCCUCUAGCACUACAGCACGAUCUGAGACGAAGAUUCGGCGCCCCAUCACCUGUCAAGCAGAACAUCCUAACACCGCCGUAUCUAACAGCAGCGCCAGAUGUAGUGAGCUUCAGCAUCGACCCGAAGAAGCCCUCAUUCCUGAUCAUGGCGUCAUACGGUCUAUGGGAGUUCAUCACUUGCCAGCAAGCCGUCGACCUAGUCGGCAAGUGGAUUGAAUCUCAAGGAGGCAAGGCAGCAGACGGUCCUGAACCAAUGUACAAGCCAUUCGACUUCAGCCACUGCGACGAUGGUGUAAAAUGGGAGUUCGACGAGAAGAGAGCGACGGUCCAGGAUGAGAACGCUGCUGUGCACCUAGUGCGCAACGCCCUUGGAGGAAACCAUCACGAGAUGGUAGCAGGAAAACUUGCCAUGACCGCGCCAUAUUCCCGAGCAGUGCGAGACGACAUGACUGUGCAGGUGGUCUUCUUCAACCAGCCCGGCCUUGACAAUAAGGGCAAGCAGAACGAUAACGUCAUGAAGACCUCUACGACAUUCAUCCGACGUUGUAUGAACAUCAUUCGCUUUGCAUAG